AUGAGGUGUAUCAAGAGAAUCACCAAUGGCUUCCUGUUGUCUGACAAAGUUAGAGGAGCAUCAGAUUCCGAGGAGGACAGACCCACACAGCCCUCUAAAACCACCCCGUGGGAGCAGCAGCCAAAAGUCCAGGACACCCCAGAUCAGAAGGACGACUCUGGAAGAAAGGAAGAAGGGAAUGAGCUGGAAGAGGAUGGCAAAUGGAUCACCCAACCCACAAAAGAAGACAGAAAACUGCAGAAGGAGAGACGCCGGCAGCAGACCAGUAACCGAGACCGUGGCUCCCCCAGACAACUGCACACACGAUGGAGAGACUCCAGCUUUGACAGGGAAGCAAGUGGAAAAAUCAGAGGAAAGCGGGAGGGUCAAGACAGAGAUGACUGGGGCUGGGAGGUCAAGUCUAACGUGAGUGCUCCAGCUGGCAUCGCGUCUACAGCGAAACCUCGAGAUGCCGUCCGCACUCCAACAAGAGAGGACAAACCAAGGGCUACAACCACUGUCAACCAGAUUAGCAUAGCACCCUGGGCACAGAAGGCACCAGUCUCUGUGACAGUAAGCACAACCACAAGUACACAGUUAGGGGUCUGGGCAUCCCCACCUCACAGGCAACAUGCCCCUCCUCAAAGUGCACCAACAAAUGCUGCAAAACCAUGUGGAAAGGAUAGGAAAACAUAUGAAAAUAAAGCAACAGGCACUGAUGAUCUUGACAGUGGUAUUGACUUCUCUGUCAUGACCUUCCGAGACGAAGACCUCAGCGGUACAGAGGUUCAAGUAAAGGCUCCAACCGACCAAAAGAAAAAGAAAGAAAACUCCUCAACCCAAGCCAAUCUACAAAGCAAAAACACACACUGUCAAAUAACCCUCAACAGCCCUACCAAAAAGGACAUGCCAGUAAGUGACGCGAAUGACAGAAAUCUACAGAAACCUGCACGGAUGAAUCUGUCAAUACAUGGCUUUAGUAGUGAUAUUAGUGAUAGUGAGAGUGCAAAUAGCCAUAGCCCAGUGAUAGAAAAACAGGAUGUAGAAGGUAGUGAGAAAAAGGAAGCCGAGUGUGGGAAAAGUGGGGAGUGUAGUCAAGGAGAGGAAAUAGAAGUAGAGAGCACCGGAAAACUAAGUGCCUAUUCAGAUCCUGUAUCAGGGAGCUGUUGGAGGAAGAACCGAAGGCCGUUUCGAACUAACCACGAGAAGGUUCAGGCUUGGCGGAAUAGAAGCCGCAGGUACCUUGCCGUCCAGCCUCCGAGAGAAAAUGGCUACCACCACGACGGAGAUGCCGCCUCCACAGAAAGCGACAGUUCGCAGCGGAGCAGGAAGUCCAACCGGAGCGUGCACAGCAAUGCUAGCAGUGGCGGCGACCGCAGGGGCCGCUAUCGGAAGAGGCGGAACAACUACCAUGCCCGAUGGAACGGGAACGUUGACACGUGGGUGGGAGAUGGCGGCUGGUUCCCUGCAGAGCCGCCCUGGGGGAUGGUUCCUGCCCCCGCCCCGGUGUGGACUGACCACUCCAACAUCAUGCCUGACUGGCAGAGGAUGGAGUAUGGAUGGCUGGAACCACCACAGCGGGGGAGGGAAGGGAGGGGUGGCUGGGUGGAGAAUGGGAGGAACUGCACAGGAUCACAUAGUGCCUCUGCUCAAGCAACUCAGGGGACACAGGUGCCAAAUCACAAUGAGUGGAAAGAUAUCCAACUUGACCAUGCUCUUCUUGAAGACUGGCGUAAGCGCCUUGAGAAACAAAAAGAUUGUAGGAAGUCUGAAGCUUCAGAAACAGAAUCUCAAACGACAGAGAAAACCAUCAUCGAAAAUGGUGACCCCCACUCGAGUGAACACGACUCCAGUACAGAGAAAGUGCUGACCAGUAGCACAGAGUCUCAAACCAGCAGUGACGAGUUCCAAGCUCAGACAGAGUCAAGGCCAACAAAAACCCGCUCUACAGAAUGCCAAACCAGUGAGACGGGUUCCAAGGAGUGUGAAACACACUCUGUAGAGUGCCAGGUAGGCGGCAACGAGGCGGAUGAAAAGACUGAGGAAAACUUGAAAGAAGCUGUCCCAGAGAAGAAGGAGCCAAGGAGAAAGUUGAAAAAUUCGAAGAAGUCAUCAUCUGCCAAUUCUUCAAAGUGUCCGCCUCGUGAAGCAUCGAAGGAGGCUCCAGAUGGUAGCACUCAGUCUGAAAAGGAAGAGAAGCCAAAAGAGUUGCUACCGGAUAAAGAAAUCCUACACAUCGAGGACCAAACAGGGACACAGACCCAAGACAAUGAUGAGAAUAGUGGCAAGGCAAAGGAAGAUGUCGAAGAGACAAGUGACAAUGAUGAUACUUGGACAGUUGUUCUGAAAACACGGGGCAAGAGAGUCAAGCACAUACAUGUUGUAUCAGCUGCAAAAACAAACAAAAUAGUAGAAGCAGAGACAAGAAAUGAGGCUGAUGGUGGAGAAUCACUACACGGCACUGGCACAAAUGGUGUCAGCAGCCCUGCAAAAGGGGACCAGGAGACAAAGGUCCAAGCUGUGCAGCCAAUGGAACCCAAGAGUGAGUUGUCUACCCAGGGUACAACAGCUAACAAGCAGGUUCCUAAAGUGAAGACAUUUGCCAUGGUUGCUGCUGGCAUCUGCACAGAGAGGAACACAGACCCUCCCCCUCCUCCUCCCCCUCCUCCCCCUCCCCCUCCUUCUCCUCCUACCCCACAGCCAGCACCCAUGGAAACACCAAGCAAGAAACCUGAUCAUGAAACAACAACUGAAAAGGUUGUGAAGAAGGCAGAGAAUAAGCUGGAGCCCCUGACGUUGGGAGGGUCAGGUCCCCUGAGCUGGGCAGAUGAGAUGGAGAUGGAGGAGUCCCUGCAGACAAAAUCCCCGGCCACAAGUCCCACCAGCACCUCCCCCCCACCUACCACACCCUGGGGGACCAACGCAUGGCCACAGAGAGCUCCAGAUGUAACCUCCAUAGAAACUUCUGUGAUGGCCCAGCAGAAGACCAAGCUGCGGACGGGAAAGGGCGCAAACUUCCUGGCCAUCGACAUCAGUCCUGACGGCAACUGGGUCGAGGACAAGCCGGUCAAGAAAAAGAGAAAGCCGCGCCGCGAUGAAAACUUUGCCGUUAAGACUGCUGCUUAAUGUGAUUGUGAUGAAGUGUGUAACAUGACAGUCACUUGACCUCAGAUUGUGCAAAAACCAGCUCAGCUAUUCUACUUUACAUACAGCAUGGUCACAUUCAUCGCAGGUCAUCGUACAAUUUUUUUCAAAUUAUUGAGAAGGCUGUGACAGAGCCAAUUGCCAACAAGGUUCAGAGUGAGACAGCAUUUUCUGUAACAAGACAGCUGAAUUUUGCAAGACGCAUUACACGACUGUCUGAAGAAUGCCCUCAGUUUUGCAAUCGUACGAUGAUGCGACGUAUGUAACCGAGCUCUUAGUUACAGAAGUGUGUGAUAAGGGAAGUCUGACACCAUACGCAUAUGAUGUAUGUGUCAGUUGUGAGGAUUUCUUUGUGCGUAACCCGUAAUCUACAAACAAGGUGAUGAAAAGGUGUUUCAUGUAUAGUCAUUAUAUACUCUCGAAGGCUGGACCUAUUGCGAAUGUGCUACAUUUAAACUUCAUGCGGUGUGCCACUUGGACGAUAUUUAAAGGAUUCUCUAUUUAAAAGGCCACUAGCUGUCAGAAUGAAAGUUACUCAGAUGCAUUGUGAUUGUCAGAGCUGUGUGAAAAGUUUGUGUAUUCUGGCAUUGGUGUUGCUGACUGUGUAUAGGAGCAUUGCUUCAAAAACAGUGCAGGAAAUAGAAUUUAUCCAAGAUGAUGAUGAAAAAUGCUGGCUUGAAGAGUACAUAUCUCAGAACAUGUUGCUAAGUCAUUUUGAAACCUCUCUACCUAAAUACAAGAACAUUCCACCAAGAUGAAGCUUCUGACUUGGAAUGGGUCAUAAUAUUAGGAACAUCUUUCCAAAUCUCCAUUUCUUAAAAUUAAAGCUUUAUUUUCCAAUGAUCAAGGUAUAUAUAAUAAUAACUUCACAUGCAGAAUAUUACGUUCACUAGCCACAAUGUGGCUAUCAUGAUUUUAUGGUAUUCUAAAUCCAGAGGUUUAUAGAGUAAUUAGAAGUCAACUAUAUUUUGCUGUUGUUACUACAAUUCAUGAAUUCAUGUUUCAUUCGUGUGGAAGACAAGAAGCUGACUUAUCAUUCUAAGAUAAUGCCUAAGGUCUAGACUCUCCUCAAUCCUCUAAUACUUAAACAGGGAAACCAGUUGAUGUUUGACAAAGCUUAGCUAACAUUAUAUUGUAGGGCUCAGAACAAUUGUCUGUUACAACUUCACUUCAGUUGGACCACUUUCACUCUAUCUGUGACACAUCAAACUGCCAGUCAUUAUGAUAUAGUUUUGGAUUGAACAUCUACUUCUUGCAAUCAAUUCAAUCUAGAUAUGGCUGCCAAAGUCUGUGUACUUUGAAAAAUGUUUAAAUCUAAGGGUGACAUUUGUUUUAACAAUAAAUAUUAGGUGUCAGAUUAGUGGGCAUUUGAACUAGAUAUGCUCUAUAUACUGCUUUUACUAAAAGAAACAAACACUUUCAAAUUAGAUGAAACUGCCAUAAAUGCUGCACUCUGUCCAAAAGAUUUUUGAAGCGUCAAUGAUCUAGGCCAGUCAUGUGCAUCACUCAAUGUGAUGGGUUAGCAAAGUCAACCAUUUCUAGUUUUAGAAGUUUGAUCUCUUAGCACUAUGUCUGAAGUAGCCAAUGAUGAAAUACAAGAAGUCAAAACAUUGUUUUAACUGUUAAGGGUUGCAAGUUUAAGUAGAGGAAUUAGUACUGAAUGCUGGGUAUAAGAAGGAUACAGGACACCUGGACCUUCAAGUCAUAAAUGUCUCAAAAGACCCCCCUCCAUCUGGGAGGUAGUAAUCUGCAGAAUUUUGUUGCAUAAGAAAAUCACAACAAUUACUGUGCCAUGGUCAUGACUGACAAGGUUACUAUACAUUGUACAUCUUUCAAGUCACCUUGCAAUUCAGACCAACUUUUGUAUUGCUGUUGACUUGGUGUCAUUCUCAAAGACGAUGUACACUCCAGAGAGGUUGAUGUAGUUGAAGAUGAAAAUUGUAGAGUGUAGUUGAUUUAGCUUCUUGAUGUAGAUGUUCUUGGACUGUUCUACUAACUGAGGUAAGGGGGAUGUACUGGUAACAGGCGAAUUGACUUUUCAAAAAAGUGAACUGAAAAAAAAAUAUUUGUGAGUCUAUCAAGUUGUACCCACAAUCAAGUCAUUAAUGUCAGAGUUGAUCCCCCUUGUCUGACUAGGAGUGGAACUGUGCCAUUGGUAGCCAGAUUUCUCACUGAUGUACAUUUUGUGGACAGGUGAAAAAAAGAUACUGCAAAAAAGAGCUGCUUCUAUUUUUGUAAACUAUCUCUGAGCCCCUCUCCUCAAAUUUGCUACAAGAGUACAUUUUGAUGGAAAAAACUACCCAAAUUAUAAAGAUGGUCUCUACAUCCCAGGUGCAAUGUUGUUGUUCUUGUAUAGUGUAAAUGUCAGCAAUCAUGGCAAAUAUAGUGUCAUGACUUUGUAUUUUUGUGCAAGAUUGAUGGUUUUUGGACCUCCAGUGUUUUUGUCGAUGUGGCCGAUGUGGUGAUUAUGAUACAUAUCAGUGUUUAGUAAGUUCUGUGGCAAAAGUCAACAUGUUUCUGAAAUAUCAAAAUAUGUGUAAUAUAUAAAUAUAUAUAUAUAGACAUAUUAUAUAUAUGUGCGUGUUUAAAGUAUAUAGAUAUAUAUAGAGAGAGAGAUGUUAAUGUGAUUUAAUGCAGGCUGAAUGCAAACAGUGUCAGUGUCAUAAACACCUUUAUCCUAACCUAUUCAAUGUUAUAAUUGUGGGUCAUUCAAUGCACAAUGAUUAGAUAUGAUGUUGUAUUGUCUAUUUAUAUUAUUACAAAGUAUAUGUGGAUUGAGGCCGGUGGAAAUGCUAUACAUGUAUUUGUUAAUAUUAUGGAUAUUGUGUAUCCUGCUUGGUAUAAACAAAACAAUCUCAUAUAAAUAUGAUUUCAAAAUUUUAUUGAAGUAAAGUCUGUUUUACACAACCAGUCAUGCUUUUAUAACCAACAUUCAUCCAUGCAUAAAGAAUUUAGCUCACUGCAAUUUUACUGCUUGCUGCAAGGUGGUGUUGUGGCAAGAGUGCAGUCAAAAACAUGACUGAGUUAUGUUAAAACAACUUUACUUUCAAAUAACGUAUGGACCUAUUCAUGGAGAGAUACAUAUGUAGUUGUUGAUGGGCAAGACACUCAAAUGUUACUCAAGUGAUUGUAUUUCCUUAUUCAUUUGUCAUGACAGCCAUCACAAUUUUGAGGGACUGUCAAAGUACAUGUACAUGUUUGUUGGUAAAAUAUUGUCAAGAACUGAGUGGACCUAUUAUAAAUCAACAUGGGAAUUCAAGGUGUAAUGGGACAUGAAUAGAGAGGUGGGCUAUGUAGAUCUGCAAUCGUCUGAAUUCUGGGAACAAUUGCACAAUGAGUUCAGUAUUAUGAUUAUUUAAUUUUUAAUAUAGAAACAAGGAAAUUAAACCUAUUUGAAUUGAGAUCGUGCCAGAAUCAGAUACCAUGGUCAUGGUGAAAAGAAAGAUUUGGACAAACAGUUUUGAACUUUUUUUCAGCAUGGUAUUUAUAUUCUUUAUGAUUUCAGUAAUGUUAUAAUGAAUGACCAAGCAGUGUCACUGCAACCAGGCUUUGAUAACUGAACCAAAAUGAUGUGAUCUCACUAGCAACUCUGGACAUAUAUGGCAGUUUUGUGGGACCAAACAAGACAACGCACUUUUAAGCCCACUAAUGAUGCCAGGUCUUGGAACUUAAGUGUCUAGAACUAAUUUACUGUAACAUACAAAACCCGAUUCUGAAAUAAUUCUGUUUAAUGACUGCAGUGUAUAUGUAGCUGCUUUCUGAUUGCUAACCACGGAGGGUGUUAAGCUGUCAAAGGCAUUGAUUAGCUGGUAUACAUUAAUUAACCAGUUACUUUUUAUGUUGUAUGGUAUUUUUGGACAGUGGGGUGGUGUAGGUAGGCCUUGGCCUGAAUGAAUCUUCAGUCCCCAGCACCUGACUUUUAAAAUGCAACUUGAAUCAUGUAAAUCAUACAGAGGAAACCAGAAGCUUUUUCUGUUUUCUUUCCGGAAUUCCUGAGCUAUUUUAUUUGUUCAAUGGGAAAUAUAUAUAUGAUGGGAAAAAAUUGUGUUCUGAUCAUCUAAUCAACAAGAAAUUUGCUGAUAUUUACUGUUUUGGAAGAGAGGACACAUAGGUGUAUGAUUAUAAUCCAGAUUGCGGAGAAACGUCAUUUUUGGCUGUCAUUGGACUUGGUAUUGUGUAUUGCUUGAUGAUAAUAAUAUAUGUACAUCAGGCAUGGCAUUGGGUGUGUAGACAGAUACUCCAGUUGGUACCAUACAACAUGUGGAAGGGGAGCUUUGCAAUAUUGUGGUUCAUUUAACAUCCACUGUUCAGGCCACACCAAUUUGAUUUAUUGGUUCUCAGAUUUCUGUAGGACAUCAAUGAAUGCAGUAGGCAGGUAGAAACAAAUAGUUCUAGGCAUCUUGUGACAGUCCCAAAUACUACCAUGGAGUCAAAACCUACAUACUAGGCUGGUUUAAAUUCAAACAACAAAUUUUGAACUUUCAUUUAAAUGGAUGCAUUGUUAAAAACCAGGAACAUGGACUUUCUUCAUCUGUUGUAUGAGGAUUUGAGGGUUGAUUCCAAACCUGAAUGGUAUGUGUCCAUUUUUGUUUUUGGAAAACAGAAAAAAGGUGGGAAAGUUGGAAAACAAGAAAUCAAAUUGGUGUAUCCUCAUUUAGCAGUGGUUAGGACAUUGUGAUUAAAGAAAUCUUGUACCUACAUUCUUUGUCCAUGCAAUGCGUAAUCUUCUUUAGAAGAAAUCCUGCUAUCAUUCCAAAUCCUUCAUAGUGAGAACUGCUAAGAAAACAUAAUAUAAAAUAACAUCAACAGGACCAAAGUUACCCAAGAUGAAAUCAUUACCAAGAAUACAAACAACUGUACCAAAACUAUGUUGAUGAAGCAACAUGGCCAGGUACUGUCACCACAUUUGUAACUUAUAAACACCAAUGAUAGGUUAGAUGACGCUUACAAUUGACAACACAAUGUUUUUGCUUUGCAUGUAGAUACCUGUGUGUGAUCAUUAAACAGGACCUGGUAAAACAUGGACAGGAUUGGAAUAAUUGAUCAUUAAAUCCAAGAGGAUUUGCAUUACUGUAAGUUGAAUCUCUGCAUAGCUACAUUCAACCACUUUUUAAUGCACCUUAUAGGGCCAUGUUAAAGAACCUGUGCUGCAUACUUCGUGGAACAACAUAUAGGAUAUGUAACGCGAUGCAUUACCUUGCAUGUGAACAAGAACUCUCACUGUGGUGGACAUACUCAUAAUACCUACUCAGAUAAGCUUGUAUUGGUUGUCAGUGCAAACAACAUUGCUUCACAGGGCUGUUGUAAGUUACGUUGUUUCUGCCAGUGGUUAGAGUGUAUGAAGUGUUUCCAAGCUGUUAUGAUGACAUCUCGGAGUAAACAGAAAUGCUGAGACUUUCAAAUAUAAGUUGUGGAAAUAAACUG